CCAUUGCUUGCUUCUACCAACAGAUCUUCCUCUGUUUGAAUAAUAAUCUGCUGUAAAGCAAACCAAACCGAACCAAUCGCUGUUGAAUCCAGUCUGACUCACAGGAACCUAUAGGACAAGAACUUCUUGCAACAAUGAAACCUGAUGAAACUCCUAUGUUUGACCCCAAUCUACUGAAAGAAGUGGACUGGAGCCAGAAUACAGCUACAUUUUCUCCAGCCAUUUCGCCAGCAUAUCCUGGAGAAGGCUUGGUUUUAAGGCCUCUUUGUACUGCUGACUUAAACAGAGGUUUUCUUAAGGUACUGGGUCAGCUGACAGAGACUGGAGUUGUCAACCCUGAGCAAUUUAUGAAAUCUUUUGAGCACAUGAAGAAAUCUGGAGAUUAUUACGUUACAGUAGUGGAAGAUGUGGCUCUUGGACGGAUUGUUGCUACAGCAACUCUGAUAGUAGAGCAUAAAUUCAUUCAUUCCUGUGCCAAGAGAGGAAGAGUGGAAGACGUGGUCGUCAGUGAUGAAUGCAGAGGAAAGCAGCUGGGCAAACUGUUAUUAUCAACCCUUACUUUGCUAAGCAAGAACCUGAACUGUUACAAGAUUACUCUUGAAUGUCUGCCACAAAAUGUUGGUUUCUAUAAAAAGUUUGGAUAUACAGUAUCUGAAGAAAACUACAUGUGUCGGAGAUUUCUAAAAUAAAAAUAUUUUAAGAAGACAUCGCCAAAGAAGCUAAUGCAACAAGGCUACGUGUUAUACUCUUUUCUUGCUACAACUCAGUGACCUCUAAAAAUAUGGGACUGAAAAAACUGAGUGUAAUGCAAAUAUGGCAGAAAAUUAUGGGGGUUGGUGGUAUGGUUUUUAACCAAAGGAAUAUAUUUUUAACUUGAACUUUUUCUUGCAUUGUAUUUUUCUAAAGUUUGGCUUCAUUUCUUGGUACUCAUAAGGUAAUAAGGAGUUAAAGGUUUGCUCUCUGUACUGUUCAUUAAAAAAUAGGUACGCUGGUAAAAGCUGUGCGAGCCCCCAAUAAAAUGAUUUUUUUUAAAGGUAUGUUGAAAGGUGUUUAUCAAAUUUGAAAAUUACUAUAAAAUACAUAUAUAUAUAUAUAUCGUAUAAACUCAAGUAUUAGCCAACCCGAAUAUCAGCCAACGCACCUAAUUUUACCACAAAAACGGCAUUAAAAAUGUGCUGGAAAUACUUGGCUCAUACACGAGUAUAUAUGGUAUUCAAAUACGAGUUAGGUAUGUAUCAUUUCCCAAAUACUAAUUACAUGUAUCAGAUAAGUUAGAUAUGAUAAUUAAAUGUACAUUUCCAACAUUUUUCUUAAUACCUGCAAACAAUAUGGUCAGGUUAAAGGAGUAGACAUGAAAGUUAACUUAUAAAAUGUGACAAAAUUUAAAGUAAAACUAUUUGAAUGUAUAGCUAAGCAUUACGUACUGAAAAGCAAAUACAAUGGACUAAGAAUACUAUAUAACAGAAUUAGCAAAACUUGGUAUAUAUUUAUUUUCUUCCAAUGGUUAUUUGCAACCUCACCUGAAGUAACAUUUUUUUAAUGAAAAAAUGGAGUGUUACAAAAUUGAGUUAAAUGUAUCAACAGCAUCUGUUAUAUUUUUUGAGUGUUGGAAGCUUUUUUUCAUGUGACUGAUUAUAAAUGGUACUGAUCCUGGUUACUGCCCCAUUUCAGCUUUUUUAGGUUGAAGUACUUUUAUUAUUGGUUCUAAUUUGCAUUCCAUAUUACAUUAAAUCUGUUGCUAUGAUUUUGUUAGAA